ACUGUGAACACGAUUCAUGUAAAGAGGCGUGGCUCUGUGAAAUGCUCCGGCCGACAUCUGCCAUCUGAAAACUUCAGCUUCCUGCAUUCAGAUCUGCGAGGACCUUCGAUCGACGUCUGCCCGGGUGCUGGGCUCCACGCCACGGCCGCAGUCAUGUCUCUGCCCCGACAGCUAAGAGAUGAGAGCGACUUCGACCAGCUUCCGGACAACAUCCCGAUAAGUGCCAUGAUAGCUGACAUCGAGGAGAAGCGAGGAUUCAUGGUCUUCUACCGGUUCGUGAUCGAGGUGAAGACUAAGGGGGGCAUCAAGUACCUCAUCUACCGCCGGUAUCGGGAGUUCUUUGCCCUUCACCAGGCCCUGGAGCUGAAGUUUGCCGGCGACAGCCAGAUCGGCCAGUCCACCUGCACCCUGCCCACCCUUCCAGGCAAGGUGUACAUGGGAAACAAGCAGGAGAUUGCAGAAAACCGCAUCCCAGAGCUGAACAACUACAUGAAGAAACUGCUGUCACUGCCAACAUGGGUUCUGAUGGUGGAGGAGAUCCAGAUGUUUUUCUACCAGACGGAUUCGGACAGCCUGCAGACCCCGCGCGCCCUGCGCCGGCUCCGCCCCCCCACCCGCCGCAUAAAAACCGUCAAGCCUAAACUGGACCUUCUGUCGUCCCCGAGAGCAGAGGUGGUGUUCGACUUCAGCGGGAGCGGGCAGCUAGAGCUCAGCCUGCGCACUGGCGAGGUGAUCUUUCUGCUCAGGAGAGUCAACGCUGACUGGCUGGAGGGUACCGUCAGGAACCAGACGGGCAUUUUUCCUGCAUCCUUUGUGAAGAUUAUCAAGCCCCUUCCAGAGAGCGAUUCAGAGGGUGAGGAAGAUGCUUCAGGGACCAAAAAGGGCCCCCCGGCAGGGUCAUACAGCUGCCUGCGCUGCUUCCUUCAUCUCCCCACUGGUGUGGAAACCAGGGACUUGUGUGUUGAGGAGGCUCUCUCUGCCAGGCCCUCCUACAGGGAGCUGUUCACGCGGAUGAGGGAGCUGUUCAAGCUGGAGGACAUCGCCCUGAAUUACCGAGACACAGACGGGGACAUGGUGCGCCUCCUGGACGACGAGGACGUGGAACUGAUGGUGCAGGAAGGCAGGCGGCGGGGCUCGGAGGUGAAGCGGCCCGUCAACCAGUACCCCUGGGAGCUGCGCGUCAGCCUGGCCUCGGAUUUCUCCGUGUACAACACGGAGCCCUGAGCGUGCGAUAGCCGUGUACGUGUGACCGGGCCCGUGCGACGGUGCCCGGAUAUGUGCGGCUAAGCUUGAAACCAGGGCGAAUGAGAAGCUUUAGUAACGCUGCAUGAUUGACAGUCACUGCGAUAUCAGAGCAACUGCAAAAGCAAUGGAGUCACCAUCAGUGCCCCAACUUAGCAGUUAUAUAUUAAAAUGAUGUUGAACCUGUUCAUUUACCUUCAUAAAUACAUUGAGACUGUAUGUAAAAGGAAGCAGUUACCAUAUAUACGCAAAGCAGAAUGAACCAAAAAGAGGCUUUUCCACUCUAUUUUAAUUUUAUUUACCUGCAGCUAACUAAUAUGUCAUUGGUGGUCUGUUUCCUGAUGAAACUAACAUGCAGAUUUAGUUACCUACAUAAACAAGCAGCAAUCUUCCCUGAUCGUGAAUUAGUUAGACGUGUCAGAUAGCUGGCGUGGGCAGCUUGGUGACCAUAUGGUUUUAUUUAGUAGCAUUAGCCAAGCGGCGUUAGCCUGAGAGGGCCGCAAACGUGCUACGUACGUCACCAGCUGUGAGGCUAGUUAGCUGGAUGACGCUUAUUCCAUAAGAUUGGCAGGAACAGAACCGAACGAGUCAGUCAGAAACAUUAUGACACUUAAUAAAAAGGAAAUGCGUGUGAGGAGACAUGUGCAGAAACGUUAAAAAUUGCUUGUCGAUGGACUUUUGUUAUGAAACCAGUAACAUUAUUGCAACAUUAUUACAGAAUUAAACGUGUCCCAAGACUUUCUUAGCAAAUACAUUUACAGAAAAUUAUUACUAGACGUUAAUAUGACUAACACAAGCCAUAUUUUCAAAUAUAAUUUCAUUUUAUUGAACUUAAUGUGUUCAAAAAGCAUUUUCAUCUGACGACUAGGGGGUGCAAUUUCACUCCUGGUAAAAUUGCCAACGCACAAUGAAAACAAGUAAUGGUUUUUGAAGCUAAUUAAUAAGUACUGUACACAAAUACAGUUUCCUGAAAAACUGAAUAUUGGAACAUUAAAGAAAUAAAGUCAUGCUGUCUGUGCUUAAAUAUUACACAUAGCCCACUGUUACUGUUUAAAUAAAGUAUCUUUAGUCAAA